UGGCCAAGCAAACAGGACGGAGGCGCGGUCGUUAAGUUGUUUUUCACUCCUUGUUCGGCAGCGCCGUGCGCUCGCCUUCUUCACGACAGGUGGCGGUAAAGCGGGAAGGAAAGCCGUCUCUGCUGGGCUGCUUCGACGGUGGGCGCUCCGCGUUCAGGGAAAGGUGCUCUCAAGUCGCAACAUGGACAUUCUGGCUUCAAUUGAAAUUGAAUAUAUCAAGAAUUUGCAAAGACAAGUCUCCUUACUGGAAUGUGAGACAUCCUAUCUCAAGGAGAAGGCUAAAAAAGCCACAAGCUUCCAACCCAAGUUUACCAAAGAGGCUGAAAAAAUGUUGCAAAAGAUGAAGGAACUGGAGAUCAGAAUAAAUGCUGCCCAAAUUGAAAUGACAAAGAAAACAAAUAGCAUCAAGAUGUUUGAAGCUGAAAUUCAAGCAAUGCAAAGACGCCUUCAAACACUGUCUGAUGCAAAUGCUAGAGAAAAAUCACUAUUAAUGGAGAAUGCAACAAAACAGAAGAAACUGGCUGACAUCACUACCCAGGACAUUUCACACAAGGAAACAGAACUGCUAAAAGUCCAGCAACAAGUACAGCAUACUAUAAAUUCAGUGAAGGAAAACGAGUGUGAUGUUCAUAUUUGGAAAAUGCAGCUUCAGCAGAAUAUUCAGCAGCGUCAAGAUAUGGAACAAAAACUAGCAGAAAACAAUUCAGAAUGCCUACGGCUCCAAGCAAUAUUCCAUCAUCUGGAAGAGAAAUUCCUUACCAAUUCCCAGUCUUCACAACAGCACAUUGCUAAACAACUUCGUGAAGAGGCUGGAAAAUUAAGACAAACUCUCAAGGAGAAACAGCUGUCAGCUGAUGAGGAUAAAUACUUAUGCAACAAGAUGGCAGAAGACUGUGGGCAUCUUACAAGGCAGAAUUGUCUCUUACAGGCACAGUUACUGGAAGCUACCAGGCAACUAAACAGAGAGAGACAGCUGCAAGAGAAGGAAUGUACCUCUCACAUACAAAGGGUGUCUGAAUUAGCAUCUGCAAGAGAGAGAGAACGGCAACUUGAAAUGGAUCUCACCUGCUUGAAGACACUGCUUGAAAGGAAAAAACAGAAGAUUCUUAAGGCACAGGAACAGGUAUUUCAUCUACAGCAAGAAAGCAGGUCUGUGGAUCAAAAUGGAGAUUUGCUUCAAUCACAAAUAACAGAUUUAGAGAAGAGACAUGCUGCUGUUCAGCUGGAAAAUUCUAAGCUGCAGAAAGAAAAAGCUCUUUUGGUAGAAUAUAUUUCUCAGUUACAUACACAGAUUGCUGAAAAGGACAUAAGUCUCCUGCGGAGUCAAGUUAACAGCUUGUCCUGUGAUCUGAACAAUUUGAAGUCUCAGGAUGACAUGGCAUCUAUUCUGCAGAAGGAAAAAUAGAAAUAGUUCUCCAGGAUAUCAACAGCAAAACAUGCAUCAGUGAGGUAACUUGUAUAGAAGUUAUAUAUCCAUAUGUUAAUCUACUAUAAGAAUGUUUCUAAAAGUCUAAUCAAACUGAAAAGCUGCAUUUUGCUCACAAUAAACCUAGGUUCCAGAGUCCGGGACAAAUUCUUGCAAGGGUAGCACUACAAGAUAAAUUAGGACUUUUACUUCUAUCAGUCUGAAAUAGAAGAGAGAAAAUUAAUGUAUCCUGAGUUUAUCAGAGGUUGGCUUUUAAGCCCUUUGAGUAUUUGUGGACCAACAUUCACCAAGUGGAAAUGAAGCAUCCUAUAUUAAUCUCACAUGAAAGAAUGGAAUUUGCAUGGCAUCCUAGAUGACAAUGAAGUAUUGAAAGAACCAUAGUCCGAUUAAUAUUCCUUUCAUCAUCCAGAUUUUGAUUUCACAAGUCUCUACAAAGAGAAAACUGCUGAUAGGUUAAGUGGCAGUCUGAAAUCUGUAAAGGAGAAACCAAAAUCUGAUGGUUUCAUAGCCUCUUUCCUGAGUAACAUGCAAGACUAGAGAAAACAAAGGAACUGUCAGGAGCUGAUGCACCCCAAUUCUUUACAAAAUUGCACAUGAUUAGUACCACUUCAGUCUCUGCUGUACUUUUAGGAAGAAAUCUAUAUGAAAAAUCAAAGUUAUGCUAUCUGUUGUUUAGGGAAAAACAUCUUUGAUAUGUGUUAUGCAAAAUUCUGCAGUAACACAGAGAAAUAUGGAAUGCAUCCUAUAAACGUGCUGCUUCUAUAAGUUUAUUCUAUGCUGCUCCUUCUACAGCAUAAGCAACAACUUGGCAGAGGUAUUUACUAGUUAGAGACUAUUAGAAGUUUUACUCAUCCUGUCUUAAUGGACAAAUACAAUCAAGAAUGAGUAGUUAAAUGUAAAAGUAUGGGCAAGAAUGCAUACAUUUAAUGGCACGACAUUACUAAUAAAUAGUAAGUUUAAGUAUGCUUAGGUUUUCAAAGUAUAUAUGCCUCUGUUACAAGAAAAGCAACAUAGUAAUUUAAAUCAAGUUGGACAAAGUGUGGCUCUCUGUAUGUUGUGGCACUUCCAGCAUCCCUCACCACUGCUCUGUGGGCUAGGACUUCUGGGAGCUGUCCAACAACUGCAGACCAGCACUUUUCCCACUCUUGCCUUUAAUGACUGGAUUUUGUUCAGGUAAUAAAAUGAAUCAAGAUAGCUUACUUUGUAUAUAUAUUAGAACCAGGCAUUUUUGUAGGAUUUGUAUAUAUUUCACCAAGUCAAUGUACAACUGAUUUCUAGAAAGUGAAUAUAAAAUGUUUGAUCUGCAUCAAAAUAAAGAGCCAAAAAGUAUGAAAGGAAUUGCUGCCCUAGUUUAAAACUUGAGAGAACUUUUUUGAAAAUGUAGAAUGAUCAGAAUGUCUUCUAAUGGGACUUGCCAAAUAAUUACGAGAUCAUGAAAAGGAAAACUUCAUAAUACCAGGAUAGCUGGCUUGGCUAUUUAAACCUUGGUAUUACACAAUCCUGAUAAUGCUCACAUACAGCAUAUUUUGGAACAAGCAGCAAUCACCAAGAAACAGUAUGAGACAAACUAUUUAAAACACCUUGUUUAACUGGAAAGACGCAAAAU